AUGAUUUGGCCUGGUCUCAGUUUGCUGGUUGUUGGGGAUCGUAAUGGAGCAAUAUUUGGCGGCUUAGUGGAGGCACCCUUGAGACCAUCAAGCAAGAGAAGGUAUCAGGGAUCUAAUAAUUCGUUCGUCUUCUCGAACAACUCUGGGCAUCCUCUUAUAUUUCGUCCUACAGGCGUGAAUCGAUAUUUUACCUUGUGCUCUACCGAGUAUUUGGCCAUGGGCGGUGGUGGUCAUUUUGCCCUCUAUUUGGAUGGAGAUUUAUUGAGCGGAUCAAGUUCGUUGUCAGAAACCUAUGGAAAUCCUUGUUUGGCCGGCUCGGAAGCUUUUGAGGUGAAGGAAGUUGAGUUAUGGGGUUUCGUAUAUGCUUCAAAGUACGAAGAAAUGAUAGCUUUAUCUCGAGUGGAAACUCCAGGAAUAUGCCACUGGUAA